AUGGACAAGAUGACGCCAACCAGUCCGCGCAAAUCAAUUGACAGUCUGGCGUCAGCCUCAUCAACUCCGCCUAUUUCCCACUAUUCGACCACUCAGCUAGAGUUUCCGCGAGUUCCUCCCCAACGGAACCCCCUGAGGAGGGGAUCUACUGCGAGCUCGAUUGUGAGCAUUGGAGGUAUCCUGGAUACUUCUCAGCACCAUGGCUCGAUCGCGGAAUCUGGCCAGAAUGCCAUUUCGACCCUUCUCCACGCACCGAUUGUCCGCACCGGCUUGACCCCUCAAUCCGCUGUCUCUUCCACCGGAUAUAAACCCCCGUCCUCCCGCGACAUCCCUCCAGUCACGUUGACGAACAUCAAUCAUGUGGACUCGAAGGCUUUCCAACCCUACUUUUCGCAAGUGGGCACUCUCUACGAUGUCUUCCAGCAGUCGAAAGAAGGUUCUGGCGAGGACAACCAGUCUGUGCAAGGGGCCAAAUCCCCUAAACCCGAGGAUACGGACUCCUUGAUGCCAUGGAGUCCGGAGCGACGGUCUUCAGUCAUGUCUACCAGUUCUCGCCCCACUUCCCCUUACAGCACUCGAGGCCGACGUUCCUCUGGCGGCCGAGGCCGUGGCCCCGCCGUGACACCGCUGUCGACAAUUCCGCCAGUUUACUUCGAGGAGGACUUCCAUUUAGAAAAUCCUCGUACCUUCGACGUGAUAUCAGAAAAGUCAGAAGUCGUCAGACCUCCACGGCCCCCGGUGAAGGACGAUAAACAUGCCAAUGGUGGCGCGUUGGAGCCUGCCCAUACUGGGAGGAAAGCCCUGGCCACCAACGCAAUUCUCCAAGAAAAGCUGUCGUGGUACAUGGAUACAGUGGAAAUACAUCUCAUUUCGUCCAUCUCUACAGCGUCGAAAUCCUUCUUCACGGCGCUUGGCUCAUUGCGCGAACUGCACGCAGAAGCGGCAGACUCGGUGCAACGGAUACAAAUCCUGCGUCGAGACCUACAGAAAAUCGACAAGGAGAUGGCUCUUGGUGGUCUCAAGAUUGUGAAUCUGAGAAGGCGCCGAGAGAACGUGCGGAUGCUGGCUGCAGCUGUCGCUCAGCUUGGCGACGUAGUGGGGUCUGUGGCGCGCUGCGAAGACUUGGUCGAGCAGGGAGACAUUGAGAAUGCCGCUGAUGAACUUGAAGAAGUGGAAAAGUUGAUGGCAGGCGAAAAGCCUCCCGACCAACCUGUUGAAGGGGAUGCGGAGAAGGGCCUUCCGCAUCAGGCUAUCGACCUUCGAAGACUCAAAGCCCUCGAGGGGGCUUCAGAUGACUUGUCCCAGCUGAGACAGCGGAUUGGCAUGGGCUACGAAACCCGAUUUUUGAACGAUCUGCUUGAAGACCUGAGACAGCAUGUUCAAAAUGUGUCCUCAGACGUGACCCUGCAACGCUGGGGAGCUUCUUUCCAACGGCAACGUGGCGGCCAGCGCCCCGUAUCAAUGGUGUCUCCAGCAUACAUGAACUUCGAUAAUGAGAUGCGGUCCCAGUUGCAUACACAACUCACAGGGCUUGCGCGCGCGCGCUACACGACACCGGCGGCUACCUCCUUCAAAACUGCUGUCUUGCGGGAGAUGAAGGGACUCAUCCGAAAGCAUCUACCAAGCUCCAGCGACGAUGACAAUGAAUCGAUGGUUUCUGUGUCCACACAUAACGACCGCCAACGAAGCCAGCAGGAAAAGUCCUCUACUCUUGCACGUAACCUCCGUGCUCUAGAGCCAGAAGAUGCCUAUGCGAUGUUGGUCGCAAUUUACACAGGAAUCAGCGAAUCUUUGCGUCGACUGAGCGUUCAGGUAAAGAUUCUUUUGGAUAUUGCCAGUGGUCUCGGAACGUCGCCUUCGGCAGGCGUGAGAUCACCUCGGAGCUCCAAUUCACAUAGCCUUGACCAGGCCGCCAGUGGAUCGUCUGUUUCCGCUAUGGCUCAGGAUGAGAUUCUACAGGUCCUAGAUAUGUCGAGUCUCCUUGGCCAGGCAGUGGACAUUGCCCAAUCUCAAAUCACUAAAGUUCUCAAAGUUCGGUCGGAACAAACUGCGCAGCUUCCUAAGGAAGAAUUCCUAAGAUACUUCACUCUCAACCGACUUUUCGCAGAUGAAUGUGAAGCGAUCUCUGGUAGAGGCGGGACUGCACUCAAAACAAUUGUUGGCAAUCAGAUCCACGAUUUCAUCAAUCGCUUUGGUGAUUCUCAACGCCAUCACAUAGUCAAGCUCAUGGACGCUGAUCGAUGGGAUGCACGAGACUUUGGGGACGCUGAGAACCUUAUUCUAAACCGCAUUUUGGACGCGAGCACCAAGGACAUUGAAGCUUGGGUAGAAGUCUCCAAGAUCUGGACCCCUGAAAGCGAAAAGUCGCAAGCCAACACAUCGGAAGGAAACCCACCUGCUAAUGGGAAUGGCAAAGAUAAGGUGCGCACUGCGGUCAUCGACGAGCAGAAACACAUCCUGCCUGAGUCAGCUAUGGCCAUGAUGCGCAGUAUGGAAGAGUUCGAAUUCCUCAUGGCCAACAUUCCUAGCAUGAUCCAAGAUAUUGCCCCGCAACUCUUGGAGAUCUUGAAACAGUUCAAUUCGCGAUCUGCUCAGCUGAUUCUGGGGGCGGGUGCCACACGAAGUGCCGGAUUGAAGAACAUCACAACCAAACAUCUUGCCCUCUCAUCGCAAGCGCUAAGUUUCGUCAUUGCUCUCAUGCCAUAUGUACGGGAGUUUGUCAGACGGCAUGGUCAGUCAAAUCAAGUAAUGGCAGAGUUUGAUAAGGUCAAGCGACUGUGCCAAGAGCAUCAGAACCAAAUCCACGAAAAACUAGUGGAUAUCAUGACUUCUCGCUCAUCGGUUCAUGUCAAUGCCAUGAAGAAGGUUGAUUGGGAUGGUGAAGGCGACUCAACCGGCGUUCAUCCUUUCAUGGAGACCCUUGCCAAAGAGACUGGUACUCUUCAUCGAGUCUUAAGCAAGCAUCUUCCUGAAAUAGCUGUCGAUAUGAUCAUGGUGCCUGUGUUCAAUAGCUACCGAGAUCAGUGGGCGAAGGCCUUUGAAGAAGCCGAUGUCCACACGGAGGGCGGUAAAAAAAGGAUGCGAAGCGAUAUCGAGCACCUGAAGACCAAGUUGAAUAAGAUCGAUGGCUCUGAGGAGCUAGCCAAUAAGCUGCUUGAGAUCAUCGAAGCCAAAACUAUCGCUGCGGCCAAGGAAGAGCUAGAAAAGGCUGACCCAGGGAACGACAAGCAAGACCAAGAGAAAGCAUCCGACAUUUCAAAUUCUUGA